UCGUCAUUCGCACGCAUACAGAUUACUAUUUGCUGGAGAGAACGAAUGAACGAACACACAAAAGAAAAAUAGUAGUUUUCUAUACGAAUCGACGCCCAACCCAGCCCAAAAAAAAGAAAGAUCAUAUUUGUUGCCGUUUUCAAUCCAAAAACCAAUUUAAAGCGCUUUGUCAGCUAACUCGUUCGGUAUGCAAACCAUCAAGUGUGUGGUCGUUGGGGAUGGCGCUGUGGGCAAGACCUGCCUCCUAAUCUCAUACACAACCAACAAAUUUCCAUCGGAAUAUGUGCCAACUGUAUUCGACAAUUAUGCGGUUACCGUGAUGAUUGGCGGCGAGCCAUAUACGCUCGGAUUGUUUGAUACGGCCGGACAGGAGGAUUACGAUCGUCUGCGUCCGCUGUCAUAUCCGCAAACGGAUGUAUUUCUCGUCUGCUUCUCGGUCGUCAGUCCCAGUUCGUUCGAGAACGUUAAGGAGAAGUGGGUGCCUGAGAUAACGCACCAUUGUCAGAAGACGCCGUUCCUGCUGGUUGGCACACAAAUCGAUUUGCGCGACGAGACGAGCACAUUGGAAAAGCUGGCGAAGAACAAGCAGAAGCCAAUCACAUCGGAGCAGGGCGAGAAACUGGCCAAGGAGCUGAAGGCCGUCAAAUAUGUGGAAUGCUCGGCUCUCACACAGAAGGGCCUGAAAAAUGUGUUCGAUGAGGCCAUACUCGCUGCUUUGGAGCCACCAGAGCCAACCAAGAGGAGGAGAUGCAAAUUCCUCUAAGAGUUUCUCUGUUUUGUUUGUUGUCAUUUCGCUUGUUUUUUAUUUCUUCUUCUUCGUCCUUAAAACAAACAAAUUGCAAUAUGCUAACUAUACAUAUACACAUAUAUAUAUCCAUAUAUCUUUUAUACAUAUAUGUAUAUAUAUAUAUAUAUAACAUUAUAUAUGUAUGUAUCCCCCCGCGCCCCUUUUAAAUUGUAUUAAUCGAUAUACUCGCUUCAAAACCCCAGCUUAAAAUGCGUUUGCCAGCUAAUCGUCAAAUUAUGAUUUAAAUUAUAUGUUUUGUUUUUGCCCCCCUUGUCCCCUCGUGCCCCAACUUUCGAAUGUAGCAUUACAUUCAAUUUCCCUACCUUUCCAAACUUUUUGUUUUGUUUUCUUUUUUUUUUUUGGCGCAAUUUUCUUAUAAGAUGAACAACAAAACAAUGAAGAAAUAAGCAAAAAACAAACAACAAUAACAAUAUAGCAAACAAAUUAUUUAUAUAUACAUAUAUACAAAAUUAAGAGAAGAAAAAACAAAAACACAAAAAAAAAAUCAAGAGAAAAUUGAAUGAUGCAAAUGAUAGAGGAAGAGAGAGAGAGGAGGAGGAAGAAGAAAAAAGUAUGCAAUUUUCUGUUUUGCAUAACUAUAUAUAAAAAGUAUAAAAUAAUAACAAAUAACCUAACCUAAUGAACUAGGAGAGGAAAGAAAGCCCAGAAGAAGUGUGAAGGGAGAGACAGCAAUAAAAAAUAUAAAGCAAAAACAAACAAGAAGAAGAAGCAUAGAAGCAUUCACACACAGAACACAACACACACAUAAAUAAUUUAAUAAAAGGAUAACGCGUCAUUGUAUGUAAACGCUAUUAUGUAAUAAAAAACAAACAAAAGAAAAACGUAAGAGUAUUGAAAUAUAUAAGUAACAACAAUAAUAAUAAUAAACAGAAGCAACAACAACAACAACCAGCAAGAAUUGCAAAACAAAACAAUAAAAACAAAAAAAUAGGAUGAGAAACGAAACGGAAAACAAUUCAAAA